AUGAGCUCUAGUAGUAGUUCCCCUAAGAUUCAGCGAUCGUCCGAGGGCGCGCUGAUCGAAGCCUCGGCUGAAAAUGGUGUAGAGGGAAUCAAAUUCGGGGAGUCUAUGGAAACUAACAUGAAAACGGCAUCCUUAGCACCGAUGGUUCGCUCUAUGUGGUCUAACAUUUCGGGUGGUAGUGCUGUAAGAAGUUCCCUUUAUAAAGGGUCAUCGCGAGAAGCGGCAGUCUUGGCUGAGGGGGAUGCCAGGAGGCCUAUGGUUGGACCGUUCGGACUGGCAGUAGAUGCGGUUCGUCGAUCGUUGGGAUUUGCCGAGCCGAUAAAUAUGUCACCGAAGUUGGUCGAGUUAUGGUACUCGUGUAGUAUGAAGAUCGAACCGUAUCAUGAAGGGCAGACGGCAGCAUACAAUUGGACGAACGUUCUUAUACCGAGAUCAGUUGCUUACCGAUGGCCUAUGGACCUGUAUGUGGACCCGAUAUACCAGCCUCAGAGUCAGUCGUGGCGUUUUACGGCUAAACCGUGUACGCUGUUUAACAAGCUGGAGGGAAAGAUUACGGUUAUGCAUAUAUUUUCGGGAGUUAGAAUGUGGAAGGAAAAUUUGCGGCCGAUUUUGGAGGGGAAAGAGGAUACGACGCAAAUGGUGCAGGUGCAUUUUCAUGAGGGUUGGAUUAACAGGAGGACGCAUCCUCUGACGAAGUUGACUUUACGGGACCAGGUUUGA